AUCAGAGAGUCUGCAAAGGUAGUUGACCAAGCCCAGAGGAGAGUGUUGAGGGGAGUUGAUGACCUUGUCUUUUUCAUAGGGGAUGAAGCCAUCGAUAAGCCCACGUAUGCUCCAAAGUGGCCUAUCCGACAUGGCAUCAUUGAAGACUCGGAUCUUAUGGAAAGGUUCAUGGAGCAAGUGGUUUUUAAAUAUCUUCGCACUGAACCUGAGGACCAUUAUUUUUUAAUGGGGACAGAACCUCCACUGAAUACUCCAGAAAAUAGAGAAUAUCUUGCAGAAAUUAUGUUUGGAUCAUUUAAUGUUCCAGGACUCUACAUUGCAGUUCAGGCAGUGCUCGCUCUAGCAGCCUCUUGGACGUCUGGACAAGUUGGUGAGCACACACUAACUGGGAUAGUCAUUGACAGUGGCGAUGGAGUCACCCACGUUAUCCCCGUGGCAGAAGGUUAUGUAAUUGGAAGCUGCAUCAAACACAUCCCGAUUGCAGGUAGAGAUAUUACGUAUUUCAUUCAACAGCUGCUAAGGGAGAGGGAGGUGGGAAUCCCUCCUGAGCAGUCGCUAGAGACGGCAAAAGCCAUUAAGGAGAAGUACUGUUACAUUUGCCCUGAUAUAGUCCAGGAAUUUGCCAAGUAUGACGAGGAUCCCCAGAGGUGGAUCAAACAGUACACGGGCAUCAAUGAAGUCAGCCAGAAGAAGUUCAUUAUCGAUGUUGGUUAUGAGAGGUUCCUGGGACCAGAAAUAUUUUUCCAUCCAGAGUUUGCCAAUCCAGACUUUAUGGAAUCCAUCUCGGAUGUUGUUGAUGAAGUAAUACAGAACUGCCCUAUAGAUGUACGCCGUCCACUGUAUAAGAAUGUCGUUCUCUCAGGAGGCUCGACAAUGUUCAGAGAUUUUGGACGGCGACUACAGAGAGAUUUAAAAAGAGUGGUGGAUGCCAUACUGAAACUGAGUGAAGAGCUAAGUGGUGGCAAGAUAAAGCCAAAGCCUGUGAAGGUGCAGGUGAUCACACACCACACGCAGCGCUAUGCCGUGUGGUUUGGAGGCUCCAUGCUGGCCUCAACUCCCGAGUUCUUUCAGGUCUGUCACACCAAGAAGGACUAUGAAGAGUAUGGCCCCAGCAUCUGCCGCCACAACCCUGUCUUCGGAGUCAUGUCUUAGUGUCUGCCCUGAAGCCACCG